UUCCCAUUUGAAGAUAAAAAUUUACUUCAAAAAUGGAUUACGCAAAUAGGAAAAAAAGAUUGGAUGCCAAAAGAAGAUGAUAAGUUAUGUGCGAUGCAUUUUUCUUCUCUAGAAAUUGAAACACUAGCUGGAAGCGAUCCGAAAUUAAAAGCUGGUGCUGUGCCGAUGAUAUUUCCAAGUUAUAAAGUCAUUCCGGGACUUCAAACUCCAUUAGUAAAUCAAACUAAUACAAAUAUGAAACUGAUAUCAUUUCAGGGUACAGCUCCAGUAAUUUUGACUCCUCAGCUCGUAAAACAACUGCCGGGAAUAAUUAGCGGGCAAAGGUACAGAAAAAUUCUGCCUAAAGUAGAUCAAAGCGCUGAAUUACCGAAUCAAAUUCCGGUGUCAAUACAAAGUACUCCAAAUGUUACAAAUCCUUGUUUAAUUUUAAUUCCUUUUGACAACAAUACUCCAGUGGCUAAUAACAGUCCUGUCGUUGCGAAUAAUGUAGCGUCAAAUAUUAUAGAGCCAGACAAGAAGAAACUGACACUCAGAAUUCAAGUCGACAGACAUUAUACCAAGGAGCAAUAUUUAUCAGAGUUCUUGCAGGAUAAAAGUAAAAGCGGAGCAAAGAAUGAAGAAACAGACCAAGAAGAAGUUGUGAUUGAUAAUGUUGCCUUAAACAGACGCGUUACUUUUAGUUUAGACCCUAUAACAGGUGAAUUGAAAGUUUCUAAAUGUGCAAUUUCUUCAGAAGCGGAAGAAGAACCUAAUGAAAGUUUAAAAAAUGAAAAUACCAAAAUUUCGAAUGACGAAAUAAAACUUACUACUUUGAAUAAUGAAUCGAAGACUGUUCCUGAAAACACUCAUGUAAUUAAUGGUUUAAAACCUACACGAAAACGAGAGAUUGAUCAAGUGGAGAAGCUGCAGAGUCAACUUGAUCAUCUUAAGUCUGAUACAAGUCGAGCACCCGAUACCAAUAACGAAGAACUGGACAACAAAAGACUAAAAUCACUGCCCGAGAAUGAAAGCAUGCUAAAUAAUGAAGUACUAAUUAUAAAAUUACCACAUCAACCCCCUCAAACUUCCACUGAUGAGGCUAUUUCGAGGUCCAAUAAGCCAAUUGUUAAAUGUAAUAAUAAUAACGUUAGUCGAAGAAAAACGAAUCCUGGAAUUUUAAACAACCGAGAAGCUGCCGAGAAAACUAUCUGUCAUGAAUUUAUGAAAACGAAUUGA